AUGCCUCAUCCAAAGAUCGAACCCAACGGCUCGUUGAUGCUCGCAUGGCAGGUUAAGAACCGCCACGUACUCGUCGUCGGAGGCGGGGAGGUUGCGGCAUCGCGGGUGUAUCACUUGCUCAACGCUAACGCCAAGGUAACACUUAUUGCACCGGAAAUCGUCUCCCAAGAGUUGCAAUUCCGAAUUGACAACGGAGAUCUCCACAAAGUUUGUGUAAGAGACUACCGGACCGCCGAUUUGACCAUGUACGAAGGGGAGGCGGUGAUUCCAGACCUUGACAACUUGCUGGACCCGGACUACGCUUACAUCGAUGACUUGGUGCAAUCGCGCCGCUUCGCGCUUGUACUUGUAGCGAUCAAUGACCACGUGCUCUCACGCCAGAUCUACUACCAGGCGAAAUACCUUGGGCUUAUGGCAAACAUCGCAGACAUUCCGCCGUUGUGCGACUACUACUUCGGGGCCAUCGUAAGACGUGGGUUCCUACAGGUGAUGAUCAGCACAAACGGCAGGUCGCCACGGAUGGCACAUUUGAUCAGAAACUUGAUCAUCGAGAAGUGCGGCUUUGACGAUCCCGAGUUUAAGAUCGACGAAAUUGUCGAGAAUAUUGGUAAGCUCCGAGCGAUGUUGAGAAAGAAGGUGGACGGUAUGGACGAAACGAGCAUCAAUAGCCGCAUGGAGUGGAUCAAGAGUGUCACGGAUAUGUAUUCGUUGCACCAAUGGAGCGCGGUGGGGGAAGAGCAUCUCAAGGAGAUCUUGGAUUAUUAUCCAGAGCAGCCGCCUGUGGAUCUCCUCAGCCAAGUGUCCCCACCGGAUCUCUCCAAGUUAUCCUUUGAGGUUUCUUAGUUAUACCUAAGAGUCGGAUAUAUAGUUCUGACCGCUCCCACGAAACAAACCUCAGAAGCAUUUCUUUCAGGUGAUUAAUCCACUCUUCAAUCCCAAUGUUCGUUGUUAUACGGAACUUGCCAGUCCCUCUCAGAGUUUUAUCAUGCUCAGAAAUGUUCAUUCAUGCUUUUUCAGCAUUUACAGUUCGUGCAUUAGGGAAGGUUUUCGAAGUAGAAAUAUAUAGCUAAAUCUACUCCUGUGCUGAAAGUAGGAGUAGCGCCAGGAUCCUGCUAACCAAGUCGACGC